AUGCGUGUUCUUCGCAGCAUCGUCCUGCUCUCGGCGCUGAGUCCACCCAUCUCGGCCGUCCCCGCGGGUUCCAGCAUUGCGCCUGAUGCAGCUACACCACCGCAGCUUCAACCCGCCAACUUCAUCGACCAGCCUCCUCAACCGCGCCGGCCGUGGAAUUGUCUUCGAGAUUGGGUGAUUGAAUCUUUGUGGGGGAAGCCCCGGUCAUCAUCUCUCAAGCAGCUCAGCUUGCCAAAGAAUGUGCGCGACCGUUACGGGAGCGACGUUGUUAUCCGCUUUCACCUGCGACAUCCGCACGACGCCGAGGCGCUGGCCGCGGCGUCCAAAGUUCUUGUGCUGGAUGUCUGGGCGACUACAACCAGAUAUGUUGAUAUUCGACUCGCCGAAGACAUGAUACCCUCUUUCCUCGAUCUGCUCCCUCCUUCCUUGCGAUCGAGUCAUACUCCGCUCAUGGACGAUCUGGUCGACAUGAUCUACAAUACCUACCCACGACAUCUCCACCCGUCGUUAGAAACCGAACCGGACUUCCGGUCUGGGAGCAGGCGAGCCGCGACCGCGCCGGUGGAAGAUGUCUUCUUCCACGACUAUCAGCCGCUAUCGGUGAUUGUGCAAUGGAUGAGAUUGAUGGCGUCCAUGUUCCCCACACAUGUCCAGCUGACGAGCGUAGGAAAAUCCUACGAAGGUCGGGACAUUCAAGCUCUGCGAGUUGGAGCGUCGCCAUCGCCGCUGGAGCCAUCGGGCCCACGCAAGACGAUCUUGAUCGUUGGCGGAUCUCACGCGCGGGAGUGGAUUAGCACUUCGACCGUCACCUACGUGGCAUACAACUUGAUCACUCGCUACGGCCAUUCCGCCGAAGUGACCCGACUCCUGCAAGAAUACGAUUGGAUAUUGAUCCCCACGCUGAACCCAGAUGGCUACGUCUACUCUUGGGAAGGGGAUCGUUUGUGGCGCAAGAAUCGACAGCCAACCGGGCUGUCACUCUGUCGAGGCGUGGAUCUCGACCGAGCCUGGGACUAUGAGUGGGACGGCGAGUCGACUCGGUCGAACCCGUGCUCGGAAAACUACGCAGGAUCGGAGCCAUUUGAGGCCCUCGAGUCUCGUCGGUUGGCCCAGUGGGCGCAGAACGAAACCGAGAGCGGUCGUGCCGACAUGGUGGGCUUCCUGGACCUGCACUCAUACUCUCAACAGAUCCUGUACCCAUACUCCUACAGCUGCUCCGCCGUCCCGCCAACCUUGGAAAGUCUAGAGGAACUGGGCCUGGGACUAGCCAAAGCAAUUCGCCAGUCUACCCACGAGUCGUAUGACGUAACAUCGGCUUGCGAAGGGAUUCUGACCGCCCAAGGGUCGUCCCGCACCAGCGCGGGCGGAAGUGCCCUGGACUGGUUCUACCACAACUUACACGCCACGUACGCGUUCCAGAUCAAAUUACGCGACCGAGGUAGCUAUGGCUUCCUUCUUCCACCAGAGGACAUUGUUCCCACGGGGAAGGAGAUUUUCAAUGCCAUUUUGGCGUUCGGCAAGUUUGUUUGGGGGGAGAAACUACGUGAGCUAGAGGACUUGACAGUACCGACGGUCAAGGCCCCGUUCAACUUUGAACAGAAGCCGCUUUCUUUGAAAUAA